UCCAAUUCACGCGCCGCCGUCACCCACCUUGCCCACCCCACUUUCUUCUUUCUUUCUUCGUUACUUUCUCCCCCUCUUCUCUUUUUUCUUUCAUUUUCUUCUAAGUUGCGCCGCCGCCGCCGCCGCCCGCUGGAGUAUCCGACCUCUUUGCCCAAGUUUUUCCGGUAGCUAGGGUGCACAGAAAAUCGCACAAACAAACAAACAUGGCCAAGUUUAUUCUUUCACACCAGUUUUGCUUGUAGGUUUUGUAAGUCGUUAGUCGAAAAUUUUGGGUCAAAUACAGUUCGUGAAAGCUCACAUUCGAAGUUCCACCAUGUUCGCUCAAGUCAGGUAUCGGUUGCAACAGACAAUUCUCCGUUCGCGCAUCGUUGAAAACCCUACAACUCCGAUCUCCAGUACAGGAUCGUGCGUUUCCUUAUAUUCCACUUCCACAAGGAUAUACAGAGCUCCGAUUUCGAGAUCACUGCGCAAGCGAAUCAACAGAAGAGCUAGAUUGGCAGCAAAACCUGUUCUAGACAAAACAGUUUUCCAAAAAUGUGUAUCUCAGCUGCUGCCUAGGUUCACCCCGGAGGAUCUCCACAAUGUGAUAAUCGAACAGGACGAUCCAUUGGUGUGCUUGGAGCUCUUCAAUUGGGCGUCUCAGCAGCACAGAUUCAGGCACACCGUGUUCACCUAUCACCUCGGUGCGGCCAAAAUGUACAAGGAAAUGGACGAUAUCGUCAAUCAGGUUCUAGCUAUCCCUAACCUGGGCUCUGAGCCUCUUUUCAAUACCAUGAUAUAUUACUUCACUGAGGAUAGGAAGCUUGUUAGGGCUGUGAAUAUAUACAAGCAUAUGCGUGCUUCCUGGAAUUUAGAUUGCCGGCCGUCGAUUCGUACCUAUAACAUAUUGUUUGCAGCAUUUCUGAGCCGCAGGACGAACACCUAUAUUAACCGAAUGUAUAUGGAGACACUUACGGCCCUUUCAUUAAUCUUGUUUGUUGGUAAAGUGACUGUGUGGGCUGCUAUUGCUUUUGUAUCGAUUUAUGUAGUAUAUGCCUUUGUCGUUGCUGCUAAUGAACUGUUGAGGACCCAUACCCAAAGGCUGAAAUUGGAUGCGUUUACUCCAUUGCUUCCAGUUGCAGGAAAUCUGUUUUCCAUGGGAAAUCAAGAGGAUGAGUCCAUGUUUAGCUCAUUGCUUGAGGUUGAAACCGAGAGUAAUGCGCAGUCACAUGCUUCGUUGCUGCAGUGGAUGUGCGCUACUAAUGUGGCAAUAUGACGGAGACAAGAAUCUGUGGGGAUGGAAUGAGGAAGAUCGGAAGCACAUCGGCCAUUGUUUUCAUUUUUGAAGCUAUAUUCUCUCAUGCACUUGCCGUUAACAGUUCCAAGGCGACUCACUAUUCCCUUCGUAGACGAAGAGAACUGGUCUAAGGUGUGGAUACGUCACGGCUAAGAAUGUUCUUGAAUUAGUUGAGGAACAUAUCCUAAAGGGUGAAAUCGUUGAGAAGCUUUGGAGGGGCCAAAUGGGUACUACUAUCGGCAAAUCAAGUGUGACCUUAUUUGAUAGCCACAACCCACCAAGUGGGUUUGAUACAGUUAAAGUUAAAUCAAAAAGAGAUGCCACCUGGAUUGUGGUUAUUAUAUUGAGCAUCACUUCAGCUGCUACUAUUGCUUAUGGCAUCUACCGAAGAAGAAGGGAGGCUCAGGCAAAGAAAGAAGAAAAAAAAAGAGGAAAGAGGGAGGAGGGAACAGGAAGACCGAAAAGAAAAAAAAAAGGAGAACCUGUUGGCGCUGCCGCCUGCUGUCGAUGAUUUAGUACGUGUAAAUGUAUUAUUGAUUAGGAAUUUAGGGUAAAUUGUGUAUAUUAAUAAUAAUGA